AUGCAUGCAUUUCAGGCGCUAUCCUCACUUGCGAAACCACCCGUAUUUGCGGGUGUUGAGCCGUUGUUAUUCGAUGUGGUGGCGUGGAAAUUCACAGUGGUUUUCCUUUCAUUACAACUGAUCCUUCACUGGAUUCUGCCACACGAUAAUGUCUACCUGUUGAGCUCAACUGGUGAUCGAAAGAAGCCGGUGAACGGUUUCAGUUCAUGUCUUCUGCUUUGCCUACUGUAUGUGAUGGGCAGUGGACUAGGCAUUUAUCGCAAUGAUCUGCUAUUUAUUCACUUUGAAUCAGUCAUCGUAUGCAUGGCUGUCGUCUGUGUGACCCUCUGGCUUAUCAUGCUAAUCAAUUAUCGAUUGGGAGAAUACUAUAACGUUCUUGACAUCGAUCUCAAGCAUUUCGUUCGAUCGCGUAUCACUCUGGUUAUGUUUCCUGUAUUGUACUGUUCUUCGGUCUCCAUAAUAGCCCAUACUCAAAAAUCGAUCUCAUUACUAUCAUGCUGUGUGCUUACGGUUGCUGCUUUCGUUUCUAUAUACAUGACAACAGUUAUUGAUAAGCAAAAGUACGAUUUCCGACGAUCGAAAGGAUUCAUCAAAAAUACUGGAGUGGAUCGCUAUAUUAGUCACAGCCAAGAAGCGGCUACUGGGCCUCAUGUCGACAUCCGAACUAUGUUUCUGAAGCGGUGA